GUGGAUGCCUACGAAAUGGCGGACGCGGUACUCGACGCCUGUUACCGAGGGUGCCGGCUGUUCUCCAUCUGUCACUUUGUGGAUGUGAGCGCCGAGCUGAACGCAACCAGAGCCGAAUGCGAAUCAGCUUGUAUUGAGGCCUACGGCAGCGCGGAGGAGCAGUUCGGCUGCACCACUGGAUGCAGAAAGCAGCUGCCCGAGGCGCAGGGCUGGAAAGACAAGAGUCUGGAGCCGCAGCCGGCGUCCUUCUCCAUGUUCGACUUGGUCUCCAGCUUCUGCAACGACAUCGUCAGCUCUGCCCAGAGCUUCAUCUCCUCCACCUGGACCUUCUACCUGCAGGCCGACGAUGGCAAAGUGGUGGUGUUCCAGUCCCAGCCGGAGAUCGAGUACCCGGUGCCUGAGGUGCCGGUGCCCAAGUUGGACCUGAUGGAGAAGUCGUGGCCUGUCUCCAGUUCUAACACCCUGAAACCUCACACGGGCCCCCAGGAAAAGCUGGAGAAACCCCCCCUGAAAGAGCCAAAGAGCAAACCCAGGAUUCAGCACCCGGAGACCCAGCAGCCAGAACACGACUUCCUGGGCUGCAUGUCCAACCAUAAACUUAUCCUCUCUCUUUGGCGGGGGGCGGUGGGGUGCUGGAUCCUGGCUGCCUGCCUCUUCCUCUUCAUCCUGGUGAUGCUGUGGCUGAGCUGCGCCAGCCUUGUGACCGCCCCGGACCAGCACGUCAAGACCCAGCCGCUGAGCAUCAACGGCGAUAAGGAAUACCUGGAGGACCUGGAUGGCCCAGCCCCCUAUUCUCUGCACCCUGUGAUCGCUGUCACCAUCUGCCCUGCAGACGACAACGAGGAGGCGGGGCCGCUGCCCGUCAAGGUGGAUCUGGACAAAACCGUGCUCUAGAGCCCCGCCCCUCCCCGUCCCCCUGUCAUCUCCAUGCCUUAUUUCCUGUGAACAUUUUAAUGCAGC